CCCGGCUUCCAUUUCUGAACCGAAGGGACGCCGACGCUCUCGCGUAGAGUCCUCGCCUUUUUUAUAUACACAUUUAAGUAAAUAAACUAGGUUCUCUAUCGUAAAUCAGGACCAUUGCGUAAAGGUAGUGAGUGAAACAGGAGUCCCUGUUCAUCGUGGUAUGCUGUUUGAGUAGUGGCUGGAACUGUAGCUAGCAUUUUAUUCCCAUUUUAACUUUACUAAGCAGCGUUUUCCGCCGUUUUUUUCUUUUCGCCGCCCCGCUCACUCUACACCCUUGUGUGUGAGUAGGGGCCUGCAACGUUGGUUUGGCCACGAGGCGAGUCGGUACAGUUGGAACAGGGCGAUGGCGGAGUUCGGUAACGGACUGGCGGAGGAAUCCCUACUAGAUUCAGACCCCGGACAUCCAGAGCUGGAAGACCCGGGUGUCGGUGACGAAGAACCGGGGUUAGAAGAGGGAGAGGCCGCAAUUGAAGACCCGGAGCUGGAGGCAAUCAAAGCCCGGGUGAGAGAGAUGGAGGAAGAGGCAGAGAAGCUGAAGGAGCUACAGAACGAGGUGGAAAAACAGAUGAAUCUCAGCCCCCCGCCAGUUGGCCCCGUCAUCAUGUCCAUUGAGGAAAAGAUGGAAGCAGAUGGCAGAUCGAUUUAUGUCGGAAAUGUGGACUACGGUGCCACGGCAGAAGAGCUUGAGGCUCAUUUUCAUGGCUGCGGUUCAGUAAACAGAGUCACCAUCCUAUGUGACAAAUACACAGGGCAUCCCAAGGGAUUUGCCUAUAUUGAGUUUGCAGACAAAGAGUCUGUUAGGACAGCCAUGGCUUUGGACGAGUCCCUUUUCAGAGGAAGGCAGAUAAAGGUGGGCGCUAAGAGAACAAACAGACCAGGCAUCAGCACCACAGACCGCGGCUUUCCACGGGCUCGGUUCCGGUCACGGGGAGGAAGCUUCUCAUCGCGUGCACGCUACUACAGUGGCUACACACCACCCAGAGGCAGAGGACGGGCCUUCAGGUUUCAGGACCAGUGGAGGCUGACGACCCCUCCCCAGGUGGCGCCGGCCCCCCCCACUGUCUCCGCAGCGUCUCUAUCUCUCUCUGCUCCCGCUAUGCACACUCACCCCAUCCUGUCCGUGUGGGGGGGCGGGGGAGGGGGGCAGGGUGACCACAGGCCCGCCGCGGGGGGCAUUUACUACAACAGCAAACGCUGAUGAUGCUUUUAGUCCGUUUCACACUUCAACUCACACACACGCGGACGACACACACUCACACACACACACACACACACACACACUUGUACAACAUACACCACAGAACACUGCAGUACAGGCGGCACUUAACAGGCAG